GUCCUUCAACAUUGAGCCAAAUAUUCUGCACUUACUGGGUUCGGACCGCAGUCGUCCACACACGGUCAGGCAUCCCCAAGGUCACACAGCCCUGCAUAUAAGUAGAUUCACCUUCCCCUAAAUCACGAAGUAAUAGCGCUACCUUGAGCUUCGACCCCCAUCAUCUCCUAGCUCAUCUAUGGAUGAGUCUUUCGCCGAAUACUUGUCUCUAGGUGGCUUUUUCCCCACAAACUCUAGAGAGCCAAACGCACCCUCUGGAAGCCGUUCACAAGUUGCUCAAUUACAACUCGAUGACAUAUCACAGGAAUACUUUGAUGCCUUCAUGACUGAUCCGUCUCUGGCGUCGAUGUUCACGCCCGACCUCAACGGCUUCUCACAACCCGUGCAGGCAGCCACACCAUCCCACGGCAUCACUGGAAUGUCACAAUCUUCACCAUCAGCCAUGGAGUCUUGUCCAGCCUUCCCGCCCAGUAGCUCGGAAAUGAGUCAUCCUCAAGCGACAUUCUCCGCACUUACAGACGCGCAGUCGAAUAUGUCCCAACAGCCCCAAGUAGACGCCCAGUUACAGCUUGAGAUUCUGCGUGAAACGCGCAGAAUUCGAGAGCUAGAGCUCUCCAUAAUGGAAGAGAAGCGACGUGCCGGUGAAGUUUUGCUCAAGCAACGCGAAGCAGAACUGGCGUUGGUGAAUGCUAAUCGGUUCAGCUCCCAUAUGGCCGAUCUCCUUCAACCCCCAUAUCCACUGUCAAAUCCUUCAGAGUCCUCAGUCGCCACGUCCCCUCUCGCCUCAUACGUUUCCUUGGACAAUCUCCCAGCGUCCAGCUCGCCAGACUUGUCUGUGGACGGCCUUGCAGAUCCUCCCUCUCCACCUGCUACCACGGCGCAUGAUCCUGGGCCGUCCACUGGCCCCCGAACUAGCCCUCCCGCUAGUGAAGCAUCCCCACUGAUACAGGAACCGUCCCCUUCACCGCUUCCAAGCGCAACACAAUCGAAGAAAAAGGCGCUAAUAGUCGACGAACGUGAAGCUCGCUGCUUGCGCUGUUCGAAGGUUAUGGCCAAGCUCCUAAUUCGCGGCUCUCGGAGCGAGCUGGAUGCCCCGUGUCAACUGCACUUUCAGUGCGAAGUUUGCGAGCCUGUGUUUCACCCUCGGACAACAUCGAAAAAGAGGACUAAUCAGCUCGAAGAUACGACUCUUCCAACACUAUGCAGCGUUUGCACGAGAGUACAGGGACAAGGGGGUUUCGUUUCGAAGGACAGGGCCCCAUUACUGUUCACGGUCGAGGUCAUAUGUAUUCCGUGCUCGCACAAGUAUAAGCGAUGCAGCAACUGCGGUGGAGGGUCCAGCAGGGCUGGCAUCGGGAAAUGGAGAUGCAAGGAACUGUUCGAGGAUAACAGAAAGACCUGCAGUCUGUCGCAUGCCAGACUUGGGACGCGGGAUAUGGAGCUAGCUGUCUGGGAGCUUCCUCGUGAAGGUCAAGAGCGCAAAGAAUUCCCAGCAAUGUUGACCGCUUGCGAAACGUUGUGGCGCGAGCAUCUCUUGUCCAAAAUUGCCAUUCCAGAGGUCCUUGAGCACAGUUCGGCGUUGACAUCCUUCCAGGAUGUUCAGCAAAAAAUCAUUGCUCGCGGAUUCCCCGGAAGAGUAAUCUUCACCCAACAACCGAUGACACCUUUACACCGCACAUAUAUUGCGUUGACUUGGGCGAAGACUCGACCAAGGCGGGACAAGUCUAAACCUCAGUGGCAAAAGUCUGCCGAUAAGACGACGGAUGAAUGGAUUGCUUUCAAUACGAGGAAAUCGAACGUUUUUAUGCCUUCUGAUUCAAUUCUUUGUGGAAUGUGGUUCGUAGAAUGGAAUAUCGAAGCUCGUACGCUCAUGAUCGGCACUCUCACCAUGUUCGAUAGAGGAGAGAUAGAGGAUCGCAGCGUUUUCUCCUACAGCUCUAUGCUGCUCCGCAUCUUCGACGAGAUCGAGAAACAUAACGCAGAGUUUCCGGAGGAUUCAUGGCACCCGCCAGAACAUCUAUGGGUUGCUCCAAAGGGUGCACCUGAUCCUAUGCGUGGACGCCUAAUAGAGUUGAUCCAACGACGAUUGGGUUUUCUUCCAGUCGACGAAUACGUAUCACGCUACCCCAAUAUCGACCGUACGAUAUUCGGUCCCAAUUCCGGUAACGUCGCAAAAACCAUCUCACAACGGGCGUCCGUGGACGGGUAUGAAGGCUUGAACGUCUUCGUGCGACAUCUUGGAAACGACAUCAAGGUUGAGAACCUGAAAAAGAUGAUGACAAUGGAGCUGGCCAAGAUUCCGAAGCACGUUGAGACAUGACAAAUGGGCCAUAUUACUGUUUUCUUCUGUUCCAUGCUUUCUCUGCCUUGCUUUCGUAGUGCGUUCUGCGGACUUGGAGCAUCCGUGUCCUGUCCUAUCAUAAUAUAUAGUUAAU